CGGCAAACAUCCAUUCCAAGGUCAACUGUCAUCCCUUGAGAAAUUUAUUGAAAAUUCUUCUUAAUCGGGCUUAUCAUCCUCAUCCUCCAUAAAUCACGAAUGUCAUAAAUAUCUCUUUACGCCAUUUUCCUAAUUCAUAAUCUACUUAGUAUACUAAGUUCUUAUCUUUAGACAGAGAAGGCUUCAUCAUGCACAUCCGAGUCGAGGUUGCAACCUGGUCAUAGCCCCGAAUAUGAAUACUCCAAGGAUUCUCUUUAUUGAUGCAUACGAUUCUUUUAGCAACAAUAUCGUUUCUCUUCUAACCACCACUCUAGAUGCUCAUGUUGACAUCUUACCAAUUGAUCCACCCGGGCUCGACCCGAAAAAGCCGAAUUUUACUGAGGAGUUGACUAACCUACUCCGUCGUUACGAUGCCGUCGUUUGCGGACCAGGUCCCGGCUCACCGGACCUAGCUCAGGAUGUGGGGCUCAUGAGAUAUAUAUGGGAUCUUGAGUCAGAACAUCUAAUUCCAGUGCUCGGUAUAUGUCUAGGCUUCCAAAGCUUGGUUGUGAGUUGUGGUGGUAUCGUGAAGAAAUUGAGUACCGGUCUUCAUGGCAUGAUUCGAGAAAUCGAUCAUGUAAUAGAUCAGUGUAGUUUGCAAGAAGGGAAUAUUUUCCAUGGGGUUCCUCCUUUUAGGGCUACGCUCUACCAUAGCCUUCACGCAGAUAUAGGACAGGACUAUAUAACUCCGGAGAACUGGGUGGCGUCCAAAUGGACAUCCCCACCUCAUCUACCAGAUGUGGCGCCGCUGGCGUGGGUGUAUGAAAAUCGUGGCGACUGUGUAGAACGAAUUCUCAUGGGCAUGAAACACAGAACAAAACCGUUCUGGGGCUUACAAUACCACCCCGAAUCGAUAUGUACCGAACCCACCGGUCACCAAGUUAUCAAGAAUUGGUUCAACGAAGCAAUACGAUGGAAUGACGCGAAUGGUCGCAUAAUUAAUCCUACACUCACUACUGAACUUCCCAAAUCUGUCACAAGCAACUUUGAAGAAGAUAUGGAUUGUUCAGAACCUGAAAUGAUAUAUUCCUAUCCGCGGACCAACAACAAUACCGAUCUCGCAUCGCUGGGGGUCAACUACCACUACAGUUCGAGGACUCUAAAACUCCCAAUUCAUAUCGAGGCUCCAGACAUCGUCGAGAUACUGCAAGGCGACAAGAAGGAUUUCAUCAUUCUAGACUCUGCAAGCGCGAAAGCGAAUAGAAUCGGUGCUGAUGUUCGAGGGCGGUACAGCAUCAUCGCCCUCGACGUAGAUCAAGCAUUGAAAUUAGAAUACAGAACAGGAGACAGACAUGUUGCUCUACGCGGCCCAACUUCUCAAAUAUCCACACAGGAAGUAUCCGAAAAGAUCGAUCUCGCAGCUGGACAAACCAUAUGGCAGCUAUUGGCUAAAUUUUGGGCUAGGCGUAGAAUGACAACGGAUGAUAGUUCAACGCCGUUUCUCGGUGGUUUCAUGGGCUAUACUACUUACGAGCUGGGCCUGGAAGGCAUUGAUGUUCAAUCGAGCCAAGAGAGACUCCAUCACAGACCAGAUCUCUGCUUCGCCUGGGUCACUAAAAGUAUUGUCAUAGACCAUACCAAAGGGGUAAUACGUCUACAAUAUCUAUCACCUUCGGAAUCUGAAGGAAGAAGAUGGGCAGAUUCUAUCGCCGAGAAAAUCCACACUUCACCAAUUUGGUUGGAUGGACUUCGCGUAGAUUUUAAUAAGCGCGCGCAGCUGAGCCAACUUACGCCACCAUCAACACCCAAAUCCCCCUUCACAAAGGCGUCCAUACAAGUACCGGAUGCUGACGAAUAUGAGUCGAAAGUGCGAACUUGUCAGGAUUAUAUCGCUUCGGGCGACUCGUAUGAACUAUGCCUUACAGACCAGACGCAUAUCACAAGACCCAGAAGUCUCUCAACAACAGAACCAUCCCGUCUAACCCCCCUAGAACCCGGAAAACCGCCACAAACCUCAUGGCAGCUCUACCGAUCCCUACGCUCACGCCAACCCGCCCCUUUCGGGUCCUACAUCCGACUCGGCGGCGCUACUCUGAUCAGCAGCUCACCAGAACGGUUCCUCGAAUUCAGCGCAGAUGGGCUCUGCUCCAUGCGUCCCAUGAAAGGCACAGUCCGCAAGUCGCGCGCGGUAUCUACCCUCGAGCAAGCAGAGGCCAUCCUCCACGUGCCCAAGGAAGAGGCCGAGAACCUGAUGAUCGUAGACCUGGUGCGCCACGACCUGCACGGUGUGUGCGGGCCCGGCCGCGUCGACGUCCCGAAGCUCAAUAUCGUCGAGGAGUACGCCAGCGUUUUUCAGAUGAUCAGCGUAGUCGAGGGCAGACUCCCUCGCGACGGACCUAAAACCGGGCUCGAUGUCCUCGCCGCUAGUCUACCUCCCGGCAGCAUGACAGGCGCCCCGAAGAAACGCAGCUGUGAGAUUCUGCAGGAUAUCGAAGGCCACAAGGAGCGUAGCUUAUAUUCGGGGGUUGUGGGAUAUAUGGAUGUGGCGGGGAAAGGCGACUGGAGCGUUACGAUCCGUAGUCUGUUCCGCUGGGACGAUGAGAGGGUUGGUGGUACGUCGGGGGAUGCCGCGAUCCAACAGCAGCAGCAGGAUCUUGAGGUCUGGCAUAUUGGUGCUGGGGGCGCGGUGACGGCUCUGAGUACGGCUGCGGGUGAACGUGAUGAGAUGUUUACGAAGCUGAAGGGGCCGUUAGGGGUUUUUGAUGAUGAGGCGUGAUGGGGGAGAGUAUGUACAUGGUAUUUGUGUGUAUAGGUAGGUAUGUGCUAUACGGGCGAUGCACUUCAACAUGGGAUCUACGAUUGUUAGAUAUGAGUUCAUUACAUAGGAUAGGACGGGUAUUUCCAGCGGAGCAUUUAUUGGUAGGUGGAUGGAUGUGCAUCUCAACGAUAAAACGUGGGAAGGGGUAUGGCCGGGAACAUCGCAGCUCAUUCAUCAUAGAGUCGCAUAGUAGAACCGGAUACCACACGGCAUUGCAUAAAACCGAAU